AUGACAUGUGCUGCUUCCUCACCUGUUGGCAAGAAAUUCUUCCACUGCAGCAGUGAAGUGACGUUUUACUGUGAGUCUUCUGGCUGGUAUCCAGAGCCUGAGGUGUUGUGGCUGGACGGUGAGGGAAAGCUCCUCUCUGCUGGACCUACAGAGACAGUCAGAGGUCCUGAUGACCUCUAUACUGUCAGCAGCAAUGUGACUGUUGAGAAGAGACACAGCAACAACGUCACCUGUAUAGUGAAGGACACCUACCAGACCAGAGAGACACAAACCUAUCAGGUGGGCAUGCCACUUUGCUACUUUCCCUCAUCAAGUUCAUAUUCUCCGCUCAUGCUUUCGCUGGUUGUUUGCCUGCCGAUCAUGUUUAUUCUUGCAGCUGCCUUCGUCAUGUUGAAAUUCAGACAAGAAAAGUUCACCUCUCUCACAGUCUCUCCAGACAGAUCUCAGUUCUUUAAGUACGAGUCUUUGUCUCUGAGCUGUGACGGCGACACAGAGUCCUCUGCAUGGAAGGUGAAGGCCAAAACGGUCCGAGGAGUGUCCGAGUGCGGCCGUGAUUGGGGCGAUCUGAAGGCGUCCACCUGCAUCAUCAACGGAGCGUUCAGCUGGAACACUGGAGAGUACUGGUGCGAGUCCACAUCAGGGGAGACCAGUCCAGCUGCCAACAUCACCAUCACCGGUAAGUUCACUUCUCCUUCAACCGGGGAAUCAAACCAAACCCUGAUAUUGCCACUUGAAAAUACCUUGAACAACUCUGCCCUCUGGUUUUUUUUCUGCUUUCUGAAAAUUCUUUUGCACUUCAAAGACAGCAACGUGAUCCUGGAGAGUCCGGUGUUUCCUGUGCCCGAGGGAGAACCUGUGACUCUGCGCUGCACGGCUCAGAGCAACUCUUCAAACCUGCGAACCAGCACCUUCCUGAAGGACAGGGCUGCCGUCGGCGCGGCCGUCACCGGGCAGAUUACCAUCCCUGCAGUGUCCAAGUCUGAUGAAGGCUUCUACAUGUGCGUCAGAGACGUCGGGGCGUCUGCCGAGAGCUGGCUCGCUGUCAGACAAAAUACAGAGGAAAACAACGGUCCUGGUUCUCCCCCCCUGUCUGCCUCCAGACUGGCAUGUCACCUGGUGGUGGGAACUCCUUACCUGCUGUCCACCGUCUUACUGGGACUCAUCCACAGAGACAGAGCCAGAGGAAAGACACCAGCCGUCACCAUGGAGGAAACGCAGCGUGCUGAACUUGAGCUGAGGUUGGAUAAUGAGUCUGCUGACGUCACCACUGAGCAUGAAUUCUGAGCUCAGUUCUACGUUUCAGGACGAUACGACACAGUUGUGACACAUUAUCACCAUGAAGCUGACCUCUCUCCGACCACUGAGACAUUUCAAGGUGUCAUUUUCUGUUCCUCAGCACCAAGGUUAUUAUAGUUAACUAAAAGUAACGAAAUAACGAAAACUAGAAUUGAAAAAACAUUUUCGUUAACUGAAAUAAAAAUAAAAACUACAGUUUUUAAAAAAACGAUAACUAACUUAAACUCUAUUGUAUGGUUACAAAACUAACUAAAACUAACUAAAAUUAUAGUGAAAAUGUCCUUAGUUUUCGUUUUUGUCAACUUUUUUCAUUCAUAAUUCAGUGUUUCUAUUUGAACAUGCAACACAUGGUGAAUAUGUUUACUGAGACUGGGAUGUUUACAC